AUUUCACGCUCUCUCAUCGACUCUCUCUCUCUCUCUCUCUCUCGUAUCUGAAACACACAUACACCAUUGAAAUUUGAAAAUGGCCGAUGCUUUAGUUACUGUAGCUGCCGAGGCGAUCCUGAAAAAGUUAGCAUCCAUAGCUGUCAACGAAGUCGCCCUUGCUUGGGGUUACAAAGAGAAGUUGUACACACUUGAACGGACCUUGAAAAUGAUUCGUGCCAAGUUACAGGAUGCCGAGAUUCAGAAAGGUCAAAAACAUGGGGUGAUGGAGUGGCUGAAACAGCUAAAAGAUGUUGUUGGUGAAGCUGAUGAUGUGUUGGAUGAGUUUCACUACGAAAUGCUGAGGCGUGAGGUAAAGAAUCGAGGUCGGAUGGCAAUAAAGGUACCCUCUCUCCCAAGCUUGAAAAAGCUUUUAUUUCGUAGUGAAAUGGGUCAUAGAAUCAAAAACAUUAACGAAAAGUUGUCUCAAAUCAAUAAACAAGCAAACGAGCUGGGACUACAAAAUGAACAGCCUGGUCCUGUUGUUGUUCCAGAUCGCCCCUACCGGGAGACAGAUCCAAAUUUAGGCGAAUUCAAAAUUGUUGGGAGGGAGGAUGAAGAAGAGCGCAUCAUACACCUAUUAACCGAGUCAAGAAAAGAAGAAAAGCUUACAAUUGUUCCCAUUGUGGGAAUGGGCGGGAUGGGGAAGACCACCCUGGCUAAGUCCGUAUACAAUAAUCCAAAAAUCCAACAACAUUUUGAUGUGAAAGCUUGGUUGUGUGUGUCUGUUAAGGUUGACAUCAACACACUUCUGGCAAAGAUCUAUGAAUCUGUUGCAGGAGAGAAACCUAUGUCGGAAACAAUGGUCAAUUUAGUUCGAGAUCUUGAAAAGAAACUGGGAGCGAAAAGAUAUAUGCUAGUCCUGGAUGACGUUUGGGAUGAAGAGAGAUUGUAUUGGGAAGAUUUUAGGAGUGUUAUGAUAAAUGUGAAGUCACAAAUUGGAAGUGGCAUUCUGGUCACCACCAGGAAACUUGACAUUGGAACCAAGGGUAUGACGAUGGAUUCAUGUCCUUUAAAAGGUCUUUCUGAUGAUUAUUGUUGGUACAUCUUUAAAGAGAGGGCGUUUCUAGUAGGACAAUCACCACAACCCGAAUUGGAGAAGUUAGGGUGUGAUAUUGUCAAAAAGUGUCGUGGUUUGCCAUUGCUAUUAAAUGUAAUAGGAGGUAUGUUGCAAAAUUAUAGUGACCCUGAGAAGUGGUUGGCCAAUUAA